AUGGCUUCCAGCUCGACACAGCCCGGCGCUGCAUCCAAGAAGUCAAUUCUGGAACCAGUCAUGAUAUUGGAGGGCCAUGAAAAAUCCACUCGUAAACCUCCAGAGAGGACCUACCAUAACAUAUGCAGCAUAUCCUACUUUUCGGAUGGCGAGCAAAUGGUCAGUGGAUCUGAAGAUCAGACUGUUCGUCGGUGGGACCUUCAGGCAGGGAAGGAGAUUGAGGGGGUACGGGAAGUUUGUGAGGAGGGAGUACAUGCAGUAGGUGUGUCAAGGGAUGGUCGAUGGAUCGUCACUGCUGGUGGAGAUGACAAUGAGUGUGGGGAACUCAAAAUCUGGGAAGUUAGAACGGGGAUCACAAGAACAUUUGAAGGCCACUCACAGAGUAUCACCUGCAUCGAUAUCUCCGCGGAUAGCACCCUGCUGGCGAGUGGAGUAAGAUGCGGAAGAUGCGGCACAAUACGGGUAUGGAACCUAAAGACUGGCAAACUACUAUUCGAAACCCCAACUAGAUGGGUGGGCGUGGUUCGAUUCUCGCAAGACUCAAAGAAGCUCGCAGUCAUAUCAGAUGUAGCGAGGUGUCUCGAGGUGUGGGAUGUUGAAACUCAUAGAUUGGAUACCAGGCUACUGUGGAAAUUCGAUUGGGGAAUGACGACACGUGCCCCAGUGAUUUGGACAGCCAAAGACCACACCAUCUUGGCCGCAUUUAACUUCAAGGAUGAUGAUGACAUUGACGAGCCCAAGACGAUCUAUGAGUUCGAUGCGUCGACAUUGCAGACUCGCUUCCGUGAUCAGACCAUCAAGCUCUGGGCCUUCGAGUCGCGCCAGCUCCUCGCCUCAUUCGACGUUCAUGCUCCUGACCACCUCAUCUUCUCACCCAACUCACACCAACUGGCAUACACUACCCGGUUUGACACCAAGAUCUACAUAUGCGACACUCCACCUCACAUCCUUGCCACUAUCCAGUCUGCACAAGAAGCGCAGCCUAAUAUAAAUGCAGCUACAAAUCCACGACUCCCUAGCUAA